AGCGAGACGGGGAGUGUGCGCGAAAUAACAUUAAAAAGGGUGGAAGGGGCGAGAAACAAAGUUGAAGUCAUCCUUUGAUUCAGUCGUGGUGGCGUCUCUGGCUGUUGAGGUGAAAUAAGCAGCACAUUUACUUUUUUCCCCCCACCCUGACGAAAGUGUCUCUCCGUGCGGCAUUGUGCUGCUGGAUUCUCCCGGCUUGCAACGCAUCUACAACAGGACUCUCCAGAAAGCUCUGUCCUCCCAAGCCACACCCAAGAUGGCCUCCUAACCUGGACGCUGGCGUGGCAGCAGCAGAGGGGAGAGUCGCCGGUUGAAACCACGGCGCUCAAGAUGGGGGGGGAGUACCUGAGCAGCACUCUGUCCUCCCCAGGGUCGGCCCUGCCAGUGCACUCCUCCCUGACGCUGGAGCAGAAGGCUGCCUUCGUCUUCGUCCUCCUCCUCUUCGUCCUCCUGGGUCUUCUGAUUGUGCGCUGUUUCCGGAUCCUUCUGGACCCCUACCGCAGCAUGCCCUCCUCCACCUGGACGGACUACAUGGAGAAGGACACCUUCGACUACCGCAUCGCCUGAGGAGGUGGGCCACGUAGGCGGCUGCUGCAUGGCCUGAGGGGUCCUUUGGUGCAAAAUGCACGGGUGGCCGCAGCAUUGCCUGAGGGUUAAGGAUAGGCAGAUUUCUCUGCUUUGUCCAGUUUGCUUACUUUCCAGCACAAGCCACUUCCUGAAUGUGUCACUGCGCCACUGGUGGAAAGAUGGAUCCCCUGUGUAUGAAAGACUUGAUCAGGAGAUUUCGUCAGUGCCAAAGCUAUGGUGGUAACAACACAGUCGCAAACUCCCCACCAUCUAGACUGGGAAUGCUCUGAAGCACAAACCUUUAAAAAGCUGUAAAAUGACACGUAAAGUUUGGGUCCAAAGCAAAAAGCUUAGUUUGCUCACACACACACACACACACACACACACACACACACACACACACACACACAUUUGUGUUAUUUUGCUUUACCACUGAAACUGUCACCAGCUCCUGCUGAUUCCAGUCACGUCUAGGAAGAGAUCACUAAUA